GUUAAGUUUGUUCUUUGGUUAUAUAAUCUGCGGUUGUACUUUAUCUACAAGUCUACAACCAUGGUUUUUGUUUUUGAAGCAUUAAAUACUUUUUAGUGUAGUUAAUAGUUAUCACUCUACUGACGUAUUUCUUGACACUUGUUUAAAGUUUAAAUCUUAAUUGUUAAAUCCUUAGCGUUGAGACUGAUAUUAAGUUGUCUAAUAAACUAUUAGGAUUAUUAGUAAUAAUUUAAUUUUUUUUUUGAACGUGGCUAUAAUGAAUUGACUGUGAACAGUCACAAUGGCGGAAAUGAUGGAGGUAACAGAGCCACAAACUUCUCCAUACGACAAAGAACUGGAAGAGAUUUUAAAACUUACCUGGGGUCAGCAGGUACGACAAGAUAUAUUCCAACGAUGGACUCAAGGCUUUUGUUUCAGUGAUGAUGAACCUACAGCCCUGGUGCAAUUUGAUGGUGGACCUUGUGCUGUAUUAGCACCGAUGCAGGCAUACAUAAUUAAACACAUUGUGAACAACAAAUCUAUAGACGAUGAUUGGAAAAAAGCCGAAGUUGAAGAACAAAACCAUCUUUUAUGUAAAGCCGCCUGUGAUAUCCUUUGCCAAGCAACAGCCGGUUGUGAUAUAUUGAAAUUUGUACAUAUUGAUGAUAAAGUUGUGUGCCUUGAACACAGUCAAUUUCAUUCUAUGCUUAAAGUAGAACAAGUUAAUAAGGAUAGUAUGGAAACUUUUAUUAACAACCAUAUUAGUUUUAUGCGUGAUACAUUUGGUAUUUUGUUAUUUUUGUAUACAGUCAUGCGAUCUAAGGGUUUAGUUAAAUUAAAAGAAGAAAUAUGUGAUUUAGGUGUAUCAUUGAUUGAUAAAGAAUUUGGCUAUGGUAGUCAAAGUUUAAUCAAUAUGAUGAUUACAGGACAAGCAGUUUGUAAUGUAUUUAAUAACGAUCAAGUAGUAGCUGGGUAUAAAUUGCAAGGUAUUGAAAAGCAAAGUGAAGUUGGGUUUAUGACUUUACUAGAACAUUUAAGAUAUUGUCAAGUUGGAUCUUAUUUAAAAAACCCAUGUAACCCAAUAUGGGUAUUGGGCAGCGAAACACACCUUACUGUUUUGUUUUCAUUUGACCAAAACCUGGUGCAUAAAGAAACACAAGUUGAUGUUGCUAGACGAACUUUUAAAUUGUUUGAUCAAGGUGGCAAUAAUUUCAUUAGUACUCAAAGUCUAAAGCCCUUGUUGGAAAAAUUAGACCUUGUAUCUGAUGAUGAAUAUGUAAAUUUAAUGUCUUCAAAAUUGGACUCUGAGGGACUAGGUAUCAUAUUAAUGCCAUCAUUUAUGGAAGAAUUCUUUUCCGAGCAAGAAACCAGAACUCCAGAUAUUUUCGUGGUAUUUCAUUACAAUGGACAGCCAAGAUCCAAUUCUAAUUCAAAGGUGACAUAUAUAGAAGGUAAUGCUAUUAUCCAGGAAUCUGAUGUUAUAUGCAUAUCCGAGGACAACAACUUGCAGUCUUGUUUACAAUCAAAGUGGCCAUACAUUGAAAUACAAUGGAAAGGAAAUAUAACACCUUCAAUUAACUAAAAUUAAAUGUUAUUUAAGUGUCAUUAUAUACAUAUAUAUAUUACUAAAUGUAUGGGUAGUUUAAUACUUUAAUUUAAAAAACUUAUAAGACUAUUAUUUAACCCUGAAAACUGUAACAUCGUUUUUACUGAAGUAGUAAAAUUGUAACACUAAAAACAUUUUCUAUAAUAUUCUGAUUAUUUAAGAUAAUUUAAAAAUUUUACUUUGCUAAAUUUGUCAUUACAUUGUUGGACACUAAACAUUAAUAUUUUUUCAAUUUUUUGAAAGCUUAUUUAAAACAAUAAAUAAUAGCUUGAAAUACAGAAUCCAAGUAUCUCAUAUUUAUAAAUAUUAUUACUAUGUACAUAUUAAAAAAAAAAAAAUACAUAUUUUAUGAUUUGA